AUGGCCAAACGAUCCGCUAAGCCCGGCCAUGAAUCCAAGGACAGAAGACAAACCGCGACAGAGACAUCGAUCCCCGACACGCAGCAACGUUUGCCAAAGACACUCGAGAGGCCCCGGUCUAUCUUCGCGACCCUGGGUGAUUCAAGAGUGCGCACAGCCCUGCAACUGGUGCUUCUCGCAGCACUGUAUGCCCCCGUGUCACAGCUGAACUUGUCCCCCGUCUACGGGGAGAUUCCUUCUCGGCACUAUCAUCCAUAUGGACUCACCGCGUCCUUCCUGGCUGCGUACUUGCUUCGGGGCCAUCUACCUCGGCGAGUCUCUCGUGUUAUCACCCCGUUUUGCUUCUGGGUGCCGACCAUACAGUUUCUCCUAUUCCGAUUCAGCUCCACGCUGGGAAACCCACUGGGCCCCGUGGUUACAGAGAGCCUGACUUGCUUCCCGGUGGUGACGAUGUCCAUCUACGUUGCCAUGCAAUCCUUCGACAGCGUGAUCGGCAGAUCCGACUCGAGUCUCGGUGAGGCGGCGCCGUCGAUGGGCUUGUUCGUGCUUUUCAGCAUCUUGCACCACGCUGGCAAGGGAUUCGUCUCGUCCGCCGUCGGACCUGGUUUCCUGAGGUCGCGUAUCGGGAUGCAUUUGAUCGUGGCGUCGUUGUACGGCAUGGUCUUGCCCAGCAGUGUCCUCUGGCCCUCGCUCCCAGCUGUGGCUUUCACCAUGGUAGCGAAUCCCCACUGUGGCCUUUCGCGGACGACCCAAGUGCUGAACAACACACUAGCACUGCAUCACUACACCCUUCUGGAGCGGAAGGAGUCCAUCACGGGAUACAUCUCCGUACUGGAGGACAACGAGAAGGGAUUCCGUGUGAUGCGAUGCGACCAUAGCCUGUUGGGCGGCGAAUGGCAGAUGCCGCCACCCAAGAAGGGCGGCGUCGACCGAAGAGUCGGCGAGCCCAUCUACUCCGUCUUUGUGAUGCUCGAGGCUGUCCGUCUCGCAGAGCCCGCGCCGAGGAGCCCUCGGAAGACCGCCUUGAACGUCGGGCUCGGGGUAGGGACGGCCCCGUCGGCAUUGAUCCAACAUGGCGUCGACACCACAGUCAUGGAGCUCGACCCGGUUGUGCACGAAUUCGCGCUCAAGUACUUCAACUUCCCCCACAACCACAGCCAUUACAUCGGCGAUGCCGUCCACGCCGUAACCACGGCGAACGCGUCCGAAGCAGAUUCCUACGACUACAUCAUCCACGACGUCUUCACGGGCGGCGCCGAGCCCGUGGAGCUCUUCACCCCCGAGUUCCUGGCCGGGCUGCACAUGUUGUUGAAGCCAGAUGGAGUCAUCGCCAUCAACUACGCAGGAGACCUGGCGAUGCCGGCGUCGUCCCUGAUCUACCGGACCGUCACAUCCGUGUUUCCCUCGUGCCGAGUCUUUAGGGAAGACGAGGCACCCGCGCCGGGGGUCAGGCCCGACGAUUUCACAAACAUGGUCUUCUUCUGUCGGAAGCAGGAUAUCCCCGUCAGGUUCCGUAAACCCGUGGCAGCGGACUUCCUGGGUAGUGGUGCGAGACGGGCGUUUCUGCUUCCCAAACACGAAAUCAUGCCCGAGGAGUUUGUCCGCGAGGGUGGAAUACUGAAGCAUGGACACACCAAGGAGCUAGAGAAGUGGCAGGCUCAGAGCGCGAUCGGGCAUUGGCGGGUCAUGCGGACAGUUCUCCCGGAUGCUGUCUGGGAGAACUGGUGA